CAUUUUCUCACGAGCAGCGUUUUCCUUCCUCUAUGAGCCACAGCGAGCCAGACUCGCUACUCAGUAGUGUUGCUCACAAUUUCACAGUAUGAAUUUCUCACUCGCUCUCGACCAACCGAUUCGUUAUCGUUCGCGUUCGAGCUUUCAAAACCCUAAACCCUUCGCAAUCCGAACAACAGCAAGCAUUGGAUUUGGAGGAUUAUCUUCUCUUCCCAAGGACUCAUCAUCAAUUGAUGGCUGUUCCAUAUCAUCAUCUUCUGGUACUGCUUUGAGAAUUCGAUUUGCAAACAGUGAACAUGAAUUUCGCAAUCUUCGAACGGCUAGAGUUAGGGCUUCUUCGGAGGAAGCUCAGUCCAUCACGAGCGGUUCGUUUGGGGACGAAGACGAAGUUCCACAGUCAAGAUUCGUGGAGUUCAUCACUUCGGAGAGAGUCAAAGUGGUUGCAAUGCUUGCCUUGGCCUUGGCGCUUUGUAAUGCCGACAGAGUUGUCAUGUCUGUUGCCAUAGUUCCUCUCUCGCUCGCUAAUGGUUGGCGCCAGUCCUUUGCUGGCGUUGUUCAGUCAUCUUUUCUCUGGGGAUACCUGAUGUCACCAAUAGCGGGAGGGACUCUUGUGGACUAUUAUGGAGGUAAGGUUGUCAUGGCAUGGGGUGUGACUUUGUGGUCACUAGCCACCUUUCUUACUCCUUGGGCUGCAGAAGCUUCUUUAUGGGCAUUACUUGCUGUUCGAGUUUUGCUUGGUGUUGCAGAAGGUGUUGCUCUUCCCUGCAUGAAUAACAUGAUAGCAAGAUGGUUUCCUCAGACAGAAAGAUCUAGGGCUGUUGGACUUGCAAUGGGUGGAUUUCAGCUUGGAAAUGUUAUUGGACUUAUGCUUUCUCCAAUCCUCAUGUCACAGGGAGGUAUAUUUGGACCAUUUGUUAUAUUCGGAUUAUCUGGAUUUCUCUGGGUUUUGGUAUGGUUAUCGGCAACGUCAAGCACUCCUGAUCGAAGUCCUCAAAUAUCAAAAAGAGAGUUGGGAUACAUACAGAACAAUACACGGAAAUCCUUUGUGGUUGAGAAUAAAUUGAAGACAGACAAAGUGAUCCCUCCAUUCAGGCGCUUGCUUUCUAAGCUUCCAACAUGGUCUCUAAUUGCUGCAAAUGCAAUGCAUAGCUGGGGAUUCUUUGUCAUUCUUUCAUGGAUGCCCAUCUACUUUAACACAAUAUAUCACGUUGACCUCAGACAAGCAGCAUGGUUUAGUGCUGUUCCAUGGAGUAUGAUGGCAAUAUUAGGCUACUUUGCUGGCGUUUGGUCAGACAUGUUGAUACAAAAUGGCACAAGUGUCACUUUGACCCGCAAAAUCAUGCAGUCAAUUGGUUUUGUUGGCCCUGGUAUUGCUCUGAUUGGUCUAACUAUGGCAAGAAGUCCAUCAAUAGCAUCCGCUUGGCUUACUUUAGCUCUUGGGCUAAAAUCUUUUAGUCAUUCUGGCUUCUUGGUGAACCUUCAGGAGAUUGCCCCACAGUAUUCUGGUGUUCUACAUGGUAUGUCUAAUACCGCUGGUACAUUUGCUGCUAUUCUGGGAACAGUUGGUGCUGGUUUCUUUGUUGAAUUAACGGGUUCUUUCAAGGGCUUUUUGUUGCUUACAUCUUUUAUGUAUUUUUCCUCUGCUCUAUUCUGGAACCUUUUUUCAACAGGGGAGAGAGUCAAUUUUGAUGAAACUGAUUAGAGACUAUGUACAGGUCCUCAUUUUUCUACCCCUCAAAUUUGUCGCUUGGUUAUAAAUAGUGUCUGAUAAGUGCUGUAAAUGCAGUGAUCAAAAUAUAUGGUGAGAAGAUAUUAAAAUC